AAGAAAUGGAGAUGAAACAACACUUUAUGGUAUUUUAUCUUUUUGCUUUUUAUGAAGACACAAAAAGGUUUAUUUCAAUCCGCUAUUCACUGUUUCAACCUGUUCGGAGAAAGAAGCCAAGCAAAUUGUAAAACAAGUGCAACGAAAUGAGUCCCUGGAAAAAAAUGAGAGCGGUGGACGAUUCAAAGAAGGGUCUAGCAGGAGUGACGCAAAGCUGGGGCAGAUAUAAAAAGGGAGCCCAUUUCAGAGACAAACGCCAGUUCUGAAUCCUGUGUGAGAUCUAAAGAUUGACUCAGCUGCAGAGAGAGAACGAGGCUCCCCCCGUACUCCAAGCAGACAAGGACAAAGGGAAAUACACGAUCUGAGCAAAAGACAGGACAACUCUAAACUGCACCAGAGUAUCCAAACAGCUGACCGACAGAUAGACAGACAGAUCAGCUGACCUCCACGCCCGUCCCAGGCUCCGUUAUGAGUUUACUGGUGCUCCCAUUGUUGGUGUUGCUGGUCAGAGCCCAGCAAGGAGAGCCCCUGGGAGAUGGACCACCAAUCAGCUACCCCAAACCUGCAGGAGAGCUGCUAAAACUCCUUAUGCUGGACAUGUUGAGCGAGAAAAAGAUCCCGUUUUCCUUGGGGACUCCCCUGUCCCCUGGGAAAGCUCCCAUGUCAUUGGCCAGCCUGCUGUUCAGGGCGGAGCAACCCCUGAAAGAACGCCCAACUCCAGUGAGGCCCCUCCCCCCAGCAGAGAAGCGGGAGAAGGACAUGUCCUCCUACAACUGGAACUCAUUCGGUCUCCGCUACGGGAAGCGUCAAGCCGGCCUGCUAGCACAGAGAGCAGCAGAGGCCAACACAAACCCAAAUUGACCUGUCCUUUAGCUGUAGCUACUACUGCGUUCAAACUGCAACACUGGUUCUCCACUCUUAUCCCCCAGUUUUAAACCCAAAUGACAGGGUUGCCUGUAUUAAAGUUCAAAUUCUGCUCACAAAUGUGGCACUUCAACAGAAGUUAUAGCAAAGCUUUUAUUUUUUUGCAUGUGGAUGGAACUGGACUAGUUUUGUUGAGUUUUAGUAGGAUGCCGUGCCCUUAAAUGCCGAGCAAUUUUGAAGUCAAUUAAAUAUUUUGUUUUCUAGUUUAAAAAAAAAAAAAAAUUUAUAGGUGAUCUUUCAUUCCAGUGCCUAAGCAUGCAUAUCAGACAUUUAGCUCUUCAGCGCUACCUCUUAAAUAAGAAGUCCUGCUUUCUAUCACUGUCAGCGCAGAAUAACCACCCUGUGUGUUUUUUAAAAUGUUUAUCCCAGUCCAAC